AAAAAAAUGAAAACGCUGAAGAAAUCUCAAAGAAACUCGGAUACAGCAGGAAAACCUUGACGAGUUAACGCGGUUCUAACGCGGAAAUCCCGACGUCGAAUUUGACAGUCUGCGCGUCGCGCAUAGUACCUGGCUGUUUGUUUUCAAACAAAGAGAGAGACAGUAGUAGUCACACACACGCGCAAAGUAAUCAGCUGAUUCGAGACGCUUCCCCGGUGGCGGGGGAAUCGGCGAAGGCUUAAAUAGCACCGCGUGCACCGCGUGCGGGCUAGUGUCGAAGUGGAGUCAUCUGAAACGAUUGCCGGUGAUAGUCUUCAGGUAUAUCAAAAUACCCAGGACUUUCCGCAAAGUUCUUGGAAAUCGCGCAGGAAGUCGGCCGAAAUUGCUGAAGUUCAUUCGCGAGGAUUUUUCGAGAGAGAGAGUCAUCUCCAAAUGAAUCUUAUCCGCGAAAAUCUUGAAGAACUUGUGUCCUAAUAAACGCCGAAGAAAUUGAAAAUCCGCAUCUUUUCGCACCUGGAUGAUAUUUGGAGAAGCGCGCUUUAGUACUGUUUGAAUCAAAUUUCUAAUCCCAAUAUUCGAUCUUUGAUAGUGAAAGAAUUCGCAGCGACGAAUUAAUAUCCAGUGCAAUAUAAAAAGGAUAACAAUUUAGGUGAAGCUUAUAAAAUGUUCUCCUAGGGAUUAAGAAUCAAAAGGGAUCGAUAAAAAUUACUCUACAAAGGUAAACUAUUUUUCGACAAGUUUGCGAGAAUCAGUGCUGAUUUCGACGACAAAAUCAACGACAUUCGCGCGCUUUUCGCUGUAAAUUGUAAUAAGAAAGUGAGGAAUCAUGAAACCACCAUACAACGAAGAACCUGUGCAGCAGAUCUCGCAGGAGCAAGGCGAGAGAAAUGUCGCGAUGGCAGUCUGCGUACAGCUUGCCGGUCGCGCGAUCAUCAGGGUGGUUUCGCGAUGUGAAGAGGCUCAGGAUAACUGUAACUUAGACUUGUCAGAGUGCCAGCUGAUGCAAAUUCCGGACGCUGUCUAUCAUUUAAUGCGACACACGGAGCUGAAGAGAUGCGACCUUUCCGGAAACGUGAUCACAAAGAUCCCAGCAAAGUUCGCCGUAAAGUUCUCGCUAAUUACCGAACUAAAUUUGAGUCACAACCAAAUGAGCAAGCUGCCGGAGGAGCUGGCCGAGCUGCAGGCGCUGGAGAGACUCGACAUCUCGCACAACACUUUCAUCGCUCUACCACCUGUCGCUUGGCGGAUACCGCAGCUCAAACGGCUCCUCGCCAACAACAAUUUUAUUAUCGACGUCGACGUCGAGAGGCUCAGGCACGCGCCCGUCCUGGAAUUGAUCGACUUGCAGGCAAACCCGUUACCUUCUAGAUUGCACGACCUCCUGCGCACUCUGACUGGAAUCAGAAUCGAGCUUAGUCCUCGGCAGAUCGAGGAUUGGGAAGACUUGAACGUCUAAAUCGUCUCCCGCGCGAGAGUAGCCCGUUUCGCGGAUGCUGACGACCUCAUCCUCUCUCGACGAAGAUUGCUCAAGAGACUUCGCCAGCUAGAAAUAGAAUCGAUAUAUUUUGUACAGGGUGAUGUACUGAGUGAUAACGGGUACGGAUCGUCAAUCGUAGCGAUCCGAUUGUACUUUUUGUAAACUAGCGAUUUAUAUUUAAUUAUCGUGGAUCAGUUGUAUCGAUCUCGUGAUCGAGAUCGAUCGAUUCUUCUGUGUUUCUUUUAUACCGCAUGGAUUUCUAGAUUUUAUCGCGAUACGAGCCACGAGCGACUCUAUUGUGAUGCUUAGAUAUAUAUUUUAAUCAUUGAUUCAACGAUUCUUGAAUUCUUGGACUUUGGAUUACGUGGAGAUCAGAGUAUCGGUAGCUUCGAAUUUUUUUGAACGUCAAAUUUCUUCUGGUUUGCUCGAAUCCUUGAAUUUUCAUUUAAUCCAUUACAUAUUUAGUAUGCGAUCUGUAAAAAUUGAAUUCUCGGAGCUUAAAAUUUAAAGAAAUACUUAAGUUAAGUAACACACCUAGAAUUUUUUGGGAUUCUCUGAAAAUUGUGAUUUCUCUGAAAUGUAUCAUUUGUCAUGAAUACAAAUUGUAUUGACUGUAAUUUUUAUGUAACUCGUAUCCGUCGACGAUUUACGGACAAUUUACCGCUAUAAACUGCCGAUUUAUGUAUACACAUUGCAUAAUGCAAUCUUUCUAACACAAUAUUUUACACUCGAGCGUCAUAUAUAAUAUAAUAGGGAAGAUGUCAUAAUUUUGCAUGUGCUUUGAUAUUAUUGCAUAUAUUCAUAAAGUAUAUAACGAAAUACUGCACAAAUGAAAAUUGGGUGCUUUUUCACAAACAUUAUGUUCUAAGAACAUAUUUAACGUUUUAUAUAUAUUCAUAACUCGAGCAUAAGAAGAUUAAUAUCUCACGUAUUGAUGACGUUCGAAUAGAAAAUCAGAUUUUAUAUAUAUCUCCCGCGAGUACAAAGGUGUUAAUAACGACGGAAUAACAAGAAUGACAGAAGUACGAUUAAGUAGCUGUAAGUAACGUUUGGAUACUGGGUGUCUCAUGAAGAAACAUAGAUUUGCAAAUGAUCCCGCGAAAUUGCACGGAUUUUGCGUAUGUAACAACGUGCAUACCAAAUAGCAUAUUUAAAAUAAUAAACUUAUUUUAUUCUCUCUGUACUUUUGAUCUAGUCAAUUUCUUGUUGAAUAAACAAAUCUCAAGAUUCUCAGACACAUAGUUUUGUCGAUACUCGAAUUUAUCUAUAGCAUCCUGAAUAAUUUCACGAAUUUUUUGAAUCUAUGAAUCCUUGAUUUCCAAGACUUUUAAUUGCGAAAACGUAAUCCAUAAAACUAUUGUGUCCUUAAAUCUAUAGUUUUAUACAUUCUCAGAUCUAUAGAAAUUUGAACAGUAUGAGACAUCGUAAUACAACAGCACGAAAAGCACGAGAGCGCAUUUUUUAAAUCGUAUUUCGCAGGAUCUGUUCCUAGUCUAUGUAUCCUAAUUACCAUUAUUAUUAUAUUGCAAUUUGUAUUCUAAGUCAUAAUUGUAUUCACACGAAAAGAAAACUCGGAUUGCGAGUCGAAGAAUUAUCGGCACUAAAUUUUAUGCUUAUUCAAUAUUUUAUCGCAAUGCUUGAUAUAUAAAGUGUUAUAAAUUUUUUUGUACGAUGUAUGUAUAUCAUAAUUAUAUGUAUAAUUUUGAUAAAAUAGAAAUUGUGCAAUGCUUUCAGAUAAAGGAUUUUAGUCAGAGAUAAACGAUUUUAGAGUCGCGUAUAAAUUUAUGACAUUCUGUAUUAUAUAUACGAAAUAAACGACCGAAAAAAA